AUGCCUGGAUCAUUUGAGCGAAAUUGGACCAGUUCUGGAGAAGGCUGUGGCGCCACUUUUGCGCCCACCCGACAGGCCAUGGACGUGGCCGGUCGCUACUCGCACCCUGCUUGGGUUACAUUCUGGUGUUACGUGUGUGGUUCAUGCGGUGAGGGGAGGGCUGGGAUCCAGUGGCUGACGAUGUUUGGAGAGCCUGACGCUCAUCGGCUUGCUUUGAGCGGGUGUAGGUUUUUCUGGCCGACGAGCUUAUUUGAAGGAAUAGGGAGGAUGGAGCGAGCUAUCGCCAGAGCAGUGGAAACUGUAGAUAAAUGGUCUCCUUUCCCCCGUGGAUUCACCACUGCUGUUCCAAUGAACUACGCGAGAUCACCAUCUCUUCUGCGAACAUGUACAGUGACUGGAACAACCUGUGCCCGCGAGUCACCAACCCCCUUACCCUACACUCUCUACAUCCAAAUCUCUCCAGACUGUCCCUGCACCCUCUAUCAGCCCUCAAGCACUCUCCCACCCUUACCCCCUCGACCUCCUUCCUCCAGUCGUCUGUCGCAUGUUCAGCCUUCCCCCCCUUUCAAAGAUCACCAUGAGGUCCAGUCUCGGGCAGGGGAUAGCCGCCCGAAUGAUUUUGAUGAAUUCUUCGCGGGACUUGAUGCUGCCGAUCUCAAUCCAUCUCUCUGCCCCCCCAUCCCCAGCGAUGCAGACGUGGAACGCUCGAGCCGGUGUUUGAAUGAUGAGAGACAUGGUCCUCACGGUUUUCCUGUUGGGGAUGAGGACAGAGGCCAGGAGAAAAAUGACGAAUCCUUACCGGUUCCUUUGCCCGCCGUGGAAUGCGGCCUGGCUGAAUCCACCGGCACAAAGACUGUUCCUGGCCACGGCAGCUUAACGCCCGUACUGGAUUCAAUUCCACAGGCUGGCUUAUCGGAGCCGUGGUCGGAUCAGGAUGCAUCACAUAGACGAGAAUGGCCCCGAAGCAGUCAGGGUGAUGACCCUCUGCCCUUCGAUCCGCCAAUCAUGGUAGACUCUGGUGACAGCACUGCGGACGGGUCCAUUGUUGACAGCAACUUCACAUCUCCCGCCAAACGAGGCACUUCUAGCCUACCGGUGCCAUGCAACCUAUGGGUCGCGGUCGAAGUACUAGUCAUCGCGGAUCGCCUCGAAGAAGGCAUGUUGAGCUCGAUGCCGUACGAGAAUGGGCUGAGCAGCGGACUCCGGACCCACCAACGGAGGGCUCGUGCACGAUCGAGGCGUGGGGUUCCCGCUACCGAAGAACAUAAGCUUCCCAGGAAAACCAUGCAGUGUGUCGAAGUCGACAUGGCCAUGUCCGACACGGAUAGCUCGAGCGCACACUCUGAUGAUACGGAUGACGACUACUGUGCGAGCAGCGAAGAGGAUGGCCCAACGAAACCGCUACUGAAGUGUCGCAGGCUUCCCACACAGCCAUCUGACACUACGUCGCGCUGUCCUCAGUUUCGGAUCCCAAGAGCAGCCGCCGCUGCAGAUCGUGAAUGUGUUGAACAGGAAGACAGCAGGCUCAAGUUGUUUUUGGAGAUGGCCACAGGCCGUACAAUGACAGCCGCGGGCGACACUGACAGAUAUCACGGUGAACGGACGAUCGAUGAUCCAGACGGUAAAAGACGUCGCUGGACGCGAGAGGAGGACGACCGCCUAAUGGCCCUGAAGACAGACGGCUUCUCUUGGGCGGAGAUCAAGGAGCGGUUUCCGCGGAGACAACUCGGCUCCUUGCAGAAACGAUGUGGGUCGGCCGGUGACCCCCUGCCAAUAUCGAAGCCGGCGACGCCGCUCGAAACUUCACACCGCGAUCCCGGCGGACAACCCCAACGAGCAGGUGACCUGUCCACGCCGAAGACGGAGCCCCACACACCAUCCCCGUCCUCGUCUUCAACAGUGACCGUCAUGUGCCCGGUGUGCAAUUCUGUGGUUGAGAUGGAGGAUUCCAGCGCGUUCAAUGCCGCCAACAAUCGCAUGCCAGUCUGCAAGCAGCUGCGGUUCUGCGAGAACCACCAAAAGGAGACUGCAUGUCGCGAGUGUGUGCUGCACAAGAAAGUGCAGAAGCACAGCAGGAAGAUCAUCUCCCAGAAUGUGCUGCACAGCACUGGCUACUACAGCCUCAGAGGCCAUGGGAUUCUCUCGGAGCAUGUCAUGCGUCACUUUGCACGUGAUAUCGACUCGCUGGCCGGCAUCGAUAGCCUUGUUUCGAAGUAUGGUACCGUUGUAAGAACCGACCAAGAUCGACUAACCGCGAAUGCCACCCAUACCCGACUCAGACACCGUGUUCAAUCCAAACGUCAACAACAACGUUGGCGGUUGAAGAUGGAGGAAUGGAACCUUUUUGAGAACCCAUAUUCAGACAAGUUUUCAUCGUCGGAGUCAUCGAUCUUAACCCAAUAG